GUCACAGACCCACCGGCGAGUUUUUCUGGAGCGUUUUCUUCAAAGGCUGUUCGGAGCAGGAAAUGCCAGUACAGGUUCACUGGAAAGAGAAUGAAAUAGACAUGGAGUCUUCUAAACUGGAAUAUAUUUUAUGAAUCACAGUUAAAAGUAAAAAGAAGAUGGAACAAAAUGAGAGAAUAGGAGUAUAAUGCCUGUCAAGAACUUUCCCUUUUUGUGAUAUAUAUAUAUAUAUAUAUGUACAAAAAGCUGUGAUAUCAUACAACUAAUGGUUUAUAGUAAUAUUUUAUUUAUAUCCCUGAAAGGAGAAGUCAGUUACUGUGCAAGUUGCUUAAUAAGAACUUUUAUUCUAAUAACUUUUUAACGUGUUUUAAUCAUAACUGGAUGCUUCUUUUUUUUAAGUCUGAGAGUUAAAAACUUUGUAUAGCUGUGUUUUAACUUUGAGACUGAUCAUUGUAGAAUGCUGACAGCUGCUCAUGGGGAAUGGACUUAAACCCAUGAAUGGUUACCAUUGCACAGAGUUGAAUGGAAUGCCAUGACUUUAGAGCAAUUCUCUUGGCACUUUCUUCUUUGCCUUGCACCCAUCAUAUCCUUAAAUAUUUAAGCAUAAGUACUGCGAUUACAAAGUCUAAAAAAUAAUGGCAUGGGUGAAAUUCUUAAGAAAACCUGGGGGUAACCUUGGAAAAGUUUAUCAGCCUGGAAGUAUAUUGUCCCUGGCCCCUACAAAAGGGUUAUUAAACGAACCAGGACAAAACAGCUGCUUUCUGAAUAGUGCUGUUCAGGUGUUAUGGCAACUUGAUAUAUUUCGACGAAGUUUAAGAGGUUUAACUGGACAUGUGUGUCAGGGAGAUGCCUGCAUAUUUUGUGCUUUAAAGGCAAUAUUUUCACAAUUUCAACACAGUCGAGAAAAAGCACUCCCAUCGGAUAAUAUGAGACAUGCCCUGGCGGAAAGUUUUAAGGAUGAACAGCGCUUCCAGCUUGGAUUCAUGGAUGAUGCAGCAGAAUGCUUUGAAAAUAUCCUUGAGAGGAUCCAUUUUCACCUAGUGCCAAACAGUGAAACAGAUAUGUGCACCUCCAAAUCCUGUAUUUCUCAUCAGAAGUUUGCUAUGACUCUGUAUGAACAGUGUGUGUGUCGCAGUUGUGGAGCAUCAUCAGACCCGUUGCCUUUUACGGAGUUUGUGCGUUACAUUUCUACCACAGCCCUUUGUAACGAAGUAGAAAGAAUGAUGGAGAGGCAUGAACGUCUCAAGCCAGAAAUGUUUGCAGAAUUGCUGCAGGCAGCAAAUACUACUGAUGACUACAGGAACUGUCCUAGUAACUGUGGUCAAAAAAUAAAAAUUCGUCGUGUUCUUAUGAAUUGUCCUGAGAUUGUCACGAUCGGUUUAGUCUGGGAUUCAGAACACUCUGACCUGACAGAAGAGGUUAUGCGGAAUUUGGCAACACAACUUUACCUUCCUGGGCUCUUUUAUAGGGUUACAGAUGAAAAUGCCAAAAAUAGUGAACUCUUCCUUGUGGGAAUGAUUUGCUACACAAGUCGACAUUACUGUGCCUUUGCCUUUCACACCAAGAGUUGCAAAUGGGUGUUGUUUGAUGAUGCUAAUGUAAAAGAGAUUGGAACAAAAUGGAAAGAUGUGGUCUCCAGAUGCAUUCGAUGUCAUUUCCAGCCAUUGUUGCUAUUUUAUGCCAACCCAGAUGGCACAGCUGUAUCUCCAGAGGAUGCUCCAAAGCAAAUUAUUCACUGGUCUCAAUGCAAAGCAGCAGGAGGACAUGGGGAAGACCUGGGUUAUAAAGGAGAAGGAUUUGAAAAGCAUUCUGCUCCUAAAUCAGACCACAUAAAAGAGAAUGGAAUUGGAGACCCUGUGAAUCAAAGGACUAAUAAAAAACUUCAGCCAGAUAAUUCAGCAUUCAGUAGAAGCCAUAUUCAAGCUAGUGGUGGUAGAGGUCCAGCCAAGUUAGGGUACAGCGAUCAAAAAGACAGGCUAAAGGACAUAUCCAGAGAGUGUGCUCAGAAAGCUGCUGAUAUGAAAAGCUUCUCAUCUUUACGAAAAGAUGCAGACAGAGGCCUAAGAAAAGAGUCUGGGAGACAAAGAGAUUUGAUCGGGGAAGAUCGUCCCAAUAUGAAGUUGGGGUCUCCUCCAGUUGGAAACGGAGUUAAACACUGUGCUGACCCACGCAUAUACAGCAGCCAGGGAAGGGGCUGCAAUAAGCAUGACAAUGCACCUCAGCAAGCAAAGCUUUCUGUGCAGGUGCUUGCAUCAAAUAAAACAGAAGCUUUUCCUUCUGGGGAGAAACCAGUGAUCAGGACCCGGACUGAUGUUGUCACUGGCUAUGAUACAGAUGCCAGUCAAGACUCCCGGGACAAAGCAAGUAGCAGCAGCAGCAGAAGCAGAAGUAAAGGCUGGAAACCUAUGCGAGAGACACUAAACGUAGACAGCAUUUUCAGUGAGACUGAGAAAAAACAGCAUAGCCCAAAGCACAAGGCAAAUCUGAACAGUAAAUCUAAGCAUGAAAAGGAGCGAAGCUUUAACCAUUGGCCAAAAGAGAACCAAAUCCAGAAAGGUUUAAUGACUAUAUAUGAAGAUGAAACAAAACAGGAUACAGGAAGUCGAAGUUCACUGGAUUCAGAGGGAAAAGGGAAUGCUGAAAAAAGCAAAGGAUUUACAGAGAGAAAAAUCCAUGGUGAUAACUGGCAAAUUCAGAGGACGGAAUCUGGCUAUGAAAGCAGUGAUCAUAUCAGCAAUGGAUCUGCAAAUCCAGAUUCACCUGUUAUUGAAGGAAUCAAUCCAGCAGAUGUCAAGAAUGCUAAAGAAAGUGCUUCCUGCAGUGAACAGACCUCGUCAACCAAAAAAGCUGACAGUGUGUUACAUCCAGUAUCCCAGCAGAACAGAAACUUUUAUGACUUGAGGAAAGACCAGAUAAAUUCAGAAGUUAACUACAGACCUCAUGUUAAUUUCCCAACAGAAUCACGUUUGCAGGUGCCCAGUCCUCCAGUAAAAAGAGUUGAAAUGCCUGAGACCAAUAGGAAACUUAUCCCAUCAUCAGCUCUACAGCCACUUGCUAAAGACAUUGUUAAGUCAGAAAGUAGGAGUAAGGCAAAUGAACAGAUUUCUUCAGAGUGGCUUAAUCCAGACAAGUUGGAGAAGAUGAACGUGUCUAUACAUUGUGCUGAUGGCGUGUCCCACCCCUACACAGAAAAUAUCUGCGGAAGGAAGCUGGUCAGCAAUGACUUUCACUCCUCUUCCCAGCCACUGUCUCAUCACACAAGAACAUUUGGUCCCAAGGUGGGGUUGUUGCCUUGUGUGCCACAGAACCUGUUAGAAAGGCCCAUGGUGCUUUCCUCUUCUGGUGAGCAUACCAGUCACCCACUCCGAAGGGUGGAUCCUCUUUGGGUGCCUGAAGCAGUGUACCAGAAUCUUCCUCCCCCUUUACCACCGAAGAAAUACGCUCUGAAUACUUUGCCAGGAUCAGAAAAUAACUUGGCAGCUGAUGUAAAAUCAACAGAAGUGUUGCAAAAUAAUCUGUUAAGGCAAACAGGUACACCUUUAAAAUCUGCACCAGAAGCAAGCAUAUUUACAAAUGAACAACGGCUUAAAGAGCCAUUUCAAGGGAAUGAACUAUUUGUUCAUAAAACAGAUUCUCCACCUCGCUUACCAGUUAAUGACUUUUGGACUGUGUCUGAAAACUUUUUAAAGAAAGGAUCUCGUCAUACAGGACCAAGCCCUGGCUAUGUGGAUGGAAAUGAUAGUGUAUCCCUAACGACUUAUUUUUCAGUAGAUAGUUGUAUGACUGACACAUACAGGAUGAAAUAUCAUCAGAGACCCAAGCUGUAUUUUACAGAUAGUGGAAGCUUUCACAAAGAAAAGCAUCCUCCGUCAGCUGGAGUAGAACUGAAUGCUACAUACCAUGCUCCUCUUGAGCCCAGGCAUCACACACCUGAGCAAAGGUACAAGGCAAAUGUGGAAAGCCUACACUGCAGUAGAUAGAUUCUUCAAAGAAAAAAAAUCUGGAUUUGACUUUUGCAUUUCAUGUCAUCUAUGAAUUGGAACAAACGUUGAAUCUCUGUGGGAUGACUAGGUACCUAGUUGACUCUACUUUGCUUAGGAGUUAUGACUGUUUAAAUGAAUAUGCAAAUAUAGGUGAACAAAGAAGAGGUGCUAAAUUUCUGGUUCUUUGACUUGUUACUCUAGUUGCCUUAAUGCUUACCUCUGUUACUCAACUUGUCUUCUACAGUUUAUAUUAAAAAUGGUUCCUUUAGGUGUAUGCAUCUUAAAGCAGUGGGAUGGACCAGAUGUUACUAGUUUUGUAAGAAGAUCUAAUUAGUUGCAGUUUAAAAAGUGAUCCUUCAGACUGUGGUCUCUACAUACUUAGACUAACAAAAGGGAUAAACAUAUUCCCAUAUAAAAUGCAGUAAAUGUAGUUAUAGUAAAGCUGUAUUUGUCCUGAUAGGUAGGGGGAGGUGACUUUUUUUCAAUUGACUUCUCCAAGUCAGUGCUUUCAUAAACCUUCAAGUGUCUUUAAUACAAGUUUACCCAGAUAAUUUCUUACUCUUUAUUUGAAAAGCCUUAACAGAUCUUUAAAAAAGGUUUUGGUUUGCAAGGGUUCAGUAAGAUUUUUGAAGGGAAUUCAAGUUAAUUGCAGUAAUAGACUAUCCUAUUAAUAUACCUGCUCCCUGUUAGUGUACAUUUUUAAACACAUUUAUCAGAUUUGUUCACCCUGUGUAUAGCUUAACUUAUUAAAAUGAAAUUUAACCACAUAAGCUAAAAACUGAAAUAACAGAAUAGGAUGCUAAUUUGAAAAUAGUUAUGCAACUAUGAAAGAUUAAUUUUGUAAGGUUUUAGAUACAUUUACUACUUAUGUUUAGUUCUGAUUUAUUCUACAAUUGCAUGCAAAGUCAGUGCUGCUAUUUAUUGAACUUCCUGCCUUUCAGCUUGACAUUUUUAGCAAUGUUUAAUGGGGAUUUGAUUUUACUGACAAUGUUUUUUCCUCGGGAGCAGUCCUGCACAUGGAUAUGUUCUGAAUGAGCAGACCAGGCUGACUGAACUGCAGCCAUUCAGGCUGAGUGGGCAUGAAAAGAAGAGGUUCCUCUCUUCCUCCUGCCCUUUGCCGUGCAGUUUGGCAGCUAUGGCAUUUGCCACAUCUUUUGUUAACCUGACUGAUUUCAGGAACAAAGAGGAGGAUUUAUUUGGCUUUCAUUUGGUUAGAUAAAUCAGUUCACUGGACUGUCUAGUGAGUGCUGAGGCCCAGCAUGGUCUGGGGAGGAAAGGACAACAAACAGGAUCCCACUCAUGGCAGCCCUGAGUCUGUGACAUGCCCCACUGUGUCUGGUGGUGCCAGAGGCACAGGCUUGGAGUUCUGUUUCAGUCUUACUGUCACAUUAAACAAUGUAUAAUUUAGAAUUAAUGUCAGCAAAACCUGACACAAACUUUGCCAUUUUUCAUAUUAGAGUGUUAACUUGGGGUGCUGCUGCUUACAUCUAAACAUCAAUGCCUUUUAGUUAUGAAAAUAAUGCAAGAAGGUUCAGUAUACCUAAUAAACGUUUUUGCUUAUACUUGCACUGUUAAUCAGGCUUUUUUAUGUUUAUAAACCUUAUGCGAGUUUUAGAGCUUCAACCAAAUGGUGACAGGCCUUAGCACAAUUAUCCAAGGUAUAUUUUGAAACAGUAGUUUUGGUCAUUGUCUCUCAAGGUCAUGUUUUGUUUUUAAUUACAUGUAACUUACAGUAGAACUGGAAAAUUAUAUAUGCAACAAACCAGGUAUCUCAAAUUAAAUCUGAUUUCUACCUUCAGGAUUUCUUGUAGCACUUAGAAAAAAAUGAAUUCUAGAAUUUGUGGUGCAAAUAAUUAUGCAUGUUUAGGUAUGGCUGCUGUAAGCAGCAAAUUAAAAAAAGAUCUUUUUUUUAAGAAAAUUGGGUGAAUACAGAAAAAGAACCCUGAAAAUGUAAGAAGCUGGAAGAUUCCUAAUUGUAAUAUUUUUCAAUGAGAUUUCAGAACCUGUAAACUUUUCUAGUUCAUCUAGCAAUGUUCCAUAAUAUACAUAGCCAGUUCAGUAAAACUGUCUUCUAAUACUUGUGUAAAAACAAAGAUUAUUUGAAUUUGUAAAUAAUGUAUAACUUGUAAAAUGUUUUGCAAAAAUCUUGUAUUUGAAAUGACAGUAUUUUUUAUGUAUGAGUAGCACAGCAACAACUGUGAAUGAUGGUAGAACACUUAUUUUUUAAACAUGCAUAUUAAUGUUCAUACUUCUGUACAAGGAGCAAUAUGAAAUGCCUAUUACUGAUACCAAUGAAUUUGGCUUCCAGUAAGCACAACUGGUAAACUUAUUUUUAGGGUAGCUGCAGUAAUUUAGAUUUACUUCGGUCUCUUUGCUUUGCUUGAAACAAUCUUACCAGACAACUUUCUUUGUGACCCUUGUUUACCAGGUAUUUAAUUAUAGUAAAUAGCUAAUUGAGGCACCUUUGUUUUUAUAUUUGACUCCAUGUAUGUAUGUAAUAUUUGCUAACUAAUAAGUGAUAACUUGUUUUAACUUACCUAGGGUGCCUAUUUAUUUUUUUAUAAAUGUCCCCUUCUGACUAUAGAUUUGUAUAAGAGCCUAGACAUUUUUUGUAACAGUAAAGACAUUAACAAGUCUUGUAAUUAAUAUAUUUUUGAGUCUUUAGAAUUAUUUUCUUGCAAAGUUCUGCUUAUUCAAACUAUCAGAUAAAAAUUUAAAAUAUC